AAGUUGGAAAAAAACCAAUCUAAACGGGGUUAGUUGUACUCUCCGCCGUUGAACAGCGGCGCCGGUGAGACGCCACCAACCCCUGUGCCAGGCGGCCUGCUGCUGCUACUACCGCAACUGCUCCGCCUCCGAGCCAUUAAUACGCACGCAACGCCCGUGAUUGGGGAAGAAACACAUCGAUCCCCUCCAAUCCUCUGUGCCGUCUCGACGCGGCGGCCGGCAAGCCCCCUCUGGAAGCUUCGGCCAUGACCCACGACGCCGGCGACGCCGGCGGCGAUCUCCCGCCGCCCGCGAAGAAGAAGUCGCCCGCCGAAGAGGAGGCCGAGAAGAGGAGGAAGAAGCUAACACCAGGGAGCUUGAUGAAGGCGGUUAUCCGGUCUGGGAGCGGCGACGUGACCCCUGCGGAGGGUGAUCAGGUCAUACUUCAUUGCACUACUCGGACCAUGGAUAGUAUUGUUGUCAAUUCUACAAGAAGGGAGCAUGGAGGUAAAGGAAUCCCACUCAGAUUUGUCUUAGGGAAGAGCAAGAUGAUCCUAGGCUUUGCUGAAGGCUUUCCAACAAUGCUGAAGAAUGAAAUUGCUAUGUUCAAAAUGAAGCCUCAGAUUCACUAUGCGGAGGAAGAUUGCCCAGUUACAGCUCCAGAUGGCUUUCCGAAAGAUGAUGAACUCCAAUUUGAGAUUGAAAUGUUGGAUUUCUUUAAAGCCAAGGUUGUGGCUGAGGAUUUAGGGGUAGUAAAGAAGAUAGUUGACGAAGGUAAGGGAUGGGAAACACCUAGAGAACCAUAUGAAGUUACAGCAUGGAUAACUGCAAGAACUGCAGAUGGAAAAGAAAUUAUUCCAAGUAAAGAAGAACCAUAUUUCUUUACUAUCGGUAAAUUUGAGGUACCUAAAGGGCUUGAGAUGGGAAUUGGAACAAUGGCACACAAGGAAAAGGCAAUUAUUUUUGUUAGCAGUACCUAUUUGACAAAGUCCUCAGUAAUGCCACAGCUUGAAGGCCUUGAAGAAGUUCAUUUUGAUGUUGAACUGGUUCGGUUUAUUCAGGUGAGAGACAUGCUUGGUGAUGGUCGCCUCAUAAAACGACGUGUAGUUGAUGGAAAAGGUGAAUUUCCUAUGGACUGCCCUCUUCAUGAUAGUUUGUUAAGAGUGCAUUAUAAGGGCAUGCUCCUUGAUGAACCAAAGUCAGUAUUUUAUGAUACACGAGUUGAUAAUGAUGGUGAACCAUUGGAAUUCUGUUCCGGAGAAGGCCUGGUUCCAGAGGGAUUCGAAAUGUGUGUUCGACUAAUGCUUCCUGGUGAAAAAUCUAUUGUCACCUGCCCUCCGGAUUUUGCAUAUGAUAAGUUCCCAAGGCCAGCAAAUGUUCCUGAAGGAGCUCAUGUUCAGUGGGAAAUUGAAUUACUUGGAUUCGAAAUGGCCAAGGAUUGGACUGGCCUGACCUUUCAAGAAAUCAUGGAUGAGGCUGACAAAAUAAAAAACACGGGUAACAGACUGUUUAAAGAAGGAAAGUUUGAACUUGCAAAGGCGAAAUAUGAUAAGGUGCUUAGGGAGUAUAACCACGUGCAUCCUCAUGAUGAUGAAGAGGGAAAAAUCUUUGCCAAUUCAAGAAGUUCUCUGCAUCUAAAUGUUGCUGCUUGCUACCAGAAGAUGGGCGAAUACAGAAAAUCCAUUGAAACAUGCAAUAAGGUCUUGGAUGCAAAUCCAGUGCAUGUGAAAGCUCUUUAUCGCCGAGGGAUGUCCUACAUGUUACUUGGGGAAUUCGAUGAUGCAAAGAAUGAUUUUGAGAAGAUGAUAACCAUCGACAAGUCCUCAGAACCAGAUGCUACAGCAGCUCUUCUUAAACUUAAACAGAAGGAACAGGAAAGUGAAAAGAAGGCGAGGAAGCAGUUCAAAGGACUCUUUGACAAGAAGCCAGGGGAGAUUUCUGAAGUUGGUGUAGAACCAGAGGGUGGAAAGAAUGCAGUCGGCACAGAAGGCUCUGGUGAGGCAACAGGUGCUGGUAGAGACGCAAGCGCAAACAACUGUCCGCGUAGAGAAUCAGAGCAGGCCUUUGAGGAAGAACGGCCAGGACUUCUCGGCCGCUUAUGGCCUUCUGCGAGGAGGAUUUUCACCUCUCUUGGCGUGAACAAAUGCACAAUACUCUGAGGUGCUUCCAUUCUGCUACGGUCAAGUGACAACCAGAAUCAUAGCAGUAAACAGGAACUGUUAUGGGCUUUCUGGCAUCUAGAGUACUUGACGAUGCAAAUUGAUACGAAAAUGAACCCUGUGUAAGCUACAACAACUGAUGGAAAUGAGAAGUAAUGAGGAAGUACCGGCCGUUCUAUAAAAGUAGUGGAAGUUGGUCUCUGUUUGGUGA